UGAACCAAUCAUAAUACGCAAAGGUCAUCCAAACCCUCUGAUUUCCUUAACUUGUGUAAGAAAAAGAGGAAGUUCUCCGAGCGACUCACUACUGUGGUGCUACUAUGCCUUUUCAACCGUGUCUUGGACUUCAUCUGGGAGAAUGUGGAGCCAUUUGAACAAGCUCCUCUUCUGGGCCAUGCUUUCUUCUGUCACAUGUAAAAACACUGUGUUGGAUUGUAAGGCAAUGAAAACAAAUGAAUUUCCUCCUCCGUGUUUGGACUCAGAGACUAAUGUGGUCAUGAAGGGUCAAAGUGUAUCUGUGUUUUGUUCCCAUAAGAACAAAUCACUGCAGAUCACCUAUUCAUUGUUUCGAAGUAAGACACACCUGGGAACCCAGGAUGGAAAAGGUGAACCCGUGAUUUUUAAUUUAAGCAUCACAGGAGCCCACGAAUCAGGCCCCUACAAAUGCAAAGCGCAAGUUUGCAACCAUUCAAAAUACAGUCCCAACUUCAACUUCAUAAUUGUCGACCCAGUGACUGCCCCAGUGCUGAACAUUACAGUCAUUCAAACAGAAACAGACCAACAUAUAACAUUACUCUGCCUCUCGGUCAACGGCUCACUGCCCAUCAAUUACACUUUCUUUGAAAAACAUGUUGCCAUAUCGCCAGUUAUUUCCAAGUACAACAGGGAGCCUGCUGAAUUUAACUUAACCAGGAAGAACCCUGGAGAAGAAGAAGAGUAUAGGUGUGGAGCUAAAAACAGAUUGCCUAACUAUACAGCAUACAGUCAACCUGUCACCAUGCCUUCAACAGGCGGGGACAGCUGUCCUUUCUGUCUGAAGCUACUGCUUCUGGGCUUAUUACUGCCGCUGCUGGUGAUAAUGGUGGUGAUAAUCCUAAUUCUGGCUUUUUGGAUACUACCCAAAUACAAAGCAAGAAAAGCUAUGAGAAAUAAUUUGGCCAGGGACUGCGGAGCUGCACCCAUGGAAGCUGGAAUCUAUGCAAAUAUCCAUCAAAAACAAGCGAAGAAGGAAUCUGUGCCAGAAGUGGGAUCCAGGCUGUGUGUUUCCACAGCCCAAGAUGGGGCCGGACACUCCCAGGAGCUGCAGUAUGCCACCGCUGUGUUCCGGGAGGUGGCACCAAGACAGCAAGAAGCCUGUGAUUAUUAUAAACCUGGAUAUGUCUAUGCUGAACUCAACUUCUGAAAUUUACAGAAACAAACUACAUCUCAGGAUCCAGAUUUCCAUCUGACAAUAUUUUCCUUCUGCCCAAAGGACUUCCUAUAAGAACGUGCUUCCGCAUAGAACAAUCAUUUAAAACCAGGAAAUUAACCCCAAUACAUUACCGCCAAAUAAUCCUCAGGUCCCCAUUCCAGCCAGUUGCCACCAUAAGCUCCUUGAUAGUUAAAGGAUGCUUUGGCUGAAGAAUCAAGCAUUGGAUUUUGCUGUCAUGUUCCUUCUCCUUCAAUCUGGAAUUGUUCCUCAGCCUUUCCCCGUCUUUGACACUUUUGAAGAUAAUGGACCAGUGACGAUUUCAUGUCACUGAUUUUGAAUUUACCUGACGUGACCCAUGGUUGGACUGGGGAUGCAUUUUUGCCAGGAUUAUUACAGAGGAUGUCCUGUUCUCCUUGAUGUGUCCCAUCAGGCGGUGCAUGUCUGCCACCUCCCCCGUACCUGCGCAUCACUUAGAUCACUUGGGUAAAGUGGUGUUUGCUAGGUUUCUCCAGUGUAACUAAUGUUUUGUAUUAAUUAAUAUUUUGUGGAUGGGCAGUUUGAAAUUAUGUGAAUAUACUAUAUAUCAAUUUGGAGUCA